AUUUUCACACGUAUCACGGUAUUAGUUUCAACAAGAAGUGAAAGUGAAAACUGUGAAACAACGAAACUCAGAACUCAGAAGAUCGGUCUCUCACCAUCUCUGUGUGUGUUUUUCGGUGUCUGAUACCCUUGACUUUUGUUGGCCGUGAUUGCAUGCCAUGUCGGCCUCAAAGCUCGUGAUUUUAUCAAUCUUUCUAGCUCUAAUUCUCACGCAUGUUAGGGCUAUGCCACUACCUGAGACGGAUCAAUCCACUGGAUCCCCCAGGCCUGAAGGUUCGUCCGGUCGGAAGAUCAAAUCGCUUGAAUCCAAGAUCCAGGACCUUGAGUCCCAAAUUGAUGAGAAAUCCAAAGAAUUGAAAGCAAAGGAAGAUGUUAUAAAGGAGAAGGAAAAGAUCAUUCAAGAGAAGUCAGAUUACAUUGCUUCCUUGCAGAGUCAGAUCGCAUCACUCCAGAAAAAAGGGACUUUAGACGCGGAGCAGGUUGGUAAGGCUCGUGCACAUGCUGGUGAAUUGGAGAAGCAGGUUGCGAAACUUAAAGCUGAACUAGAAACUCAAAAUAAGGAGAAGGCUGCCUUGGAAGCUCGGGUAAAUGAACCUGAGAGGAAAGUAAGCGAUUUGAGUUUGAAUCUAGAGAAUCUCCAAAAGAUUAAUGAAGAACAGAAGACCAAAAUUCGUAUAAUUGAACAGGCUCUUAAAGUUGCUGAGGAAGAAAUGAUCAAGGCAAAGUCAGCAGUCACUUCAAAAGCUAAAGAGUUAAAGGAGGUUCAUGGUGCGUGGCUUCCGCCUUGGCUUGCUGUACAUUUCAUCCGUUGUCAGUCCUUUAUGGAGAUUCAUUGGAAUGAGCGUGGCAAACCAGCUCUGGAUAUGGUAAUUCAGAAGGCCCUGGAGAAAAAGGCACAAGCUGAAAAGUGGGCUGCACCUCACAUGGAAACAAUUAAAAGUAAAUGGAUCCCAAUUAUCAAGGAACAGUGGGUUGUGCUAAAAACAAACGCUGAACCACAUGUCCAAUCGCUAACUAAAAAAUCUAUUGAAGUUUAUGAGGCGUCAAAGACUACAAUAACUCCACAUCUUGCCCGAGCACAAGAAUUUGUUGAUCCUUACUUUCAGGAAGCUAAAAAGUUCAGCAAGCCAUAUAUUGAUCAAAUUGCGGCAUUGGCAAAACCUCAUGUUGAUGAAGUACGAGUGGCAAUGAAACCCUAUACAAAGCAAGUGCUUCGUGCUUAUAGGGAGUUCCUGAAAUCUGCAACUACUUACCAUCAUCAGAUGCAAGCCACUGUUCGAGUGAUGCUGAAAAGGCAUGAACUGACAAGGCCUCUUGCUACUAAAGAGUUGGAGUGGUUUGCGGCUUCUGCUUUGUUGGCCCUCCCCAUCAUCAUCCUCUUCAGAAUUGGUUCUGCCAUUUCCUACAAAAAGGCUAAGAAAACUACUCGAAAUGCUCACAACAACCAUGCACGUCGCAAGGCUAAACGGGUCCAUCCGGACAAGUAGAGUUCAGCAAGGAUCUACCAAUUUUUAUGUCUGUUUUUGGUGGGGGCUGUGGACUAACUAAGAUGGGAGUUGCACUUUUAGUUUGGGCCUUCUUGGACUAUGUUCUUGUCAGUGAACUUCGACUAUGUUUUGAGGAUCCUGCCCUUGUCACUCAACUCCUCUAAUGUUGUUGAAGAUCGCUGCUUAUGUUUGUUUAUUAAUAUUUAUUUUCGUAUUUGUUUUUUUUUAAAAAUAAUUAGAACAGUCAUCCCUCAGUAGUUAGACGUCAUAGAAGUGUAGAAGUUCAUAUAUUGCUCGUGUUAUUCAAGUUGAUAGAGGUGGUUUUAAUAUUUUUUGGUUCCCCUCUUCUGGGGUCCACAUUAUGUUUUGACUUUGUUUGUUGGAAUCAUAUUUCUCAUGCCUAAUUAACCACGAAAACUCUUCAUCUUAGCGUAA